AUGACCACAUAUUUUGAUAGUUGGACAGUUUUUUUAGGUCAUAUAUCUUUUGAGCCGAUCAAUAAGGAUUGCGUCACAUUAAGACACAGCUGCAUACUGCAAGAACAAGCUAGUUCUGCUGUUCUGCUAGGAGAGUUUCAGUUCAGCAUUACUGGCCUAAGGCGGCUAUACCGUCCUAAUUUUGGAAAGGCUGCAGAAAUUACUGUUCUUAUUUGCAGAUUUUCAAGCACUCUCUUUCCUAAGUCGAGGAAACUGGCUUCUAGCCCUUAA